UGGCACCUGCUGUAUGUCAACAUAUAAAAAGCACUCAAAGCACAGGAUAGGUCGCUAGGGUCUACGAGCAACGCUCUGGAACUUGUGUGUGUGUGCAUCAUUGUGUAAAACAGCUGCAGGAGCUGGAGGACUACACCAUGAAGCAAGUUAUCACGGCCGUCUUUUUUCUAAGCGCCUUUCUGUUCACAGCCCCUGCUUACAAGCUUCCGGAGAGUGAAUUCACGGUGGAAGCCACAUUUGGUAACAUCUCCAGUGAAGCAGCUGAGGAAGCCGUCCUAGUGGGUUACAUUUUGCGCAUUGCUGCAAGUGAACUUGUGCAGGAUGAUGCUCAAGACUACGAGGAGGAUGCAGAUGAAUGCUUCUUCAAAAGCCUAUGGGAGGAGAUCGUGGCAGCAAUAAAGAAAGCUGCGCGAGUUAUCUGGGACUUCCUCAAGGAACUUGCUGAGAUUGUCAAAGAGGCCAUCAAGGAAGUUGCUCUUGCCGUCGUGUAGAAUGCAGGAGACGUGCUGAGAAAAAAAGGCUACGAAGAAGGCUCUUGAGACUGUAGCCAAAAUGUUGCAGAAUAGUGCAGCCACUUACUCCAACAACAAGUACCAUAAUAAAGCGAUGCCGUUAAGGAGAUCUGCGCGCGCAUGGACCUUGUGGGCCGGUGCCUUAUUGAGGAGGGAAGGAAGAUUCUUGCACAAUGACAUGUGUAUAUAAGGGUAAAGUACCGAACAUCAUGGACUGAUGACUGACAAACUCUACCAUACGUAACCGCAUCAGAGGCGGAAAAGUCGUUGCUUCAUUUCUAGUGGCAAACAAAUUUGUCAAGCCUGAACACCUACGUCUUGUAAAGAAAUGUUUGCAGCGAAGGUGACGCUUGCUUGAAUAUUUGAUGUCAAGAUAUAUGAUACCUUCUAUAAAGGGAAACCGCUUUCUACCAUC